AUGACCUGUGCGAAACCUAGCAGACCAACAUCGGGUGGGCUUGAGUCAAGCAACACAACAAGCCACUCUGUCGAUGAUGCCGGAUUUGAAGUCUACUGGGAAACAGAUGAUCAGGAGGACCCGCGCACUUUGUCGGCCGCAUAUAGGGCUUUCAUUGUCGGGGCGGUAUCCGUGUCAAGUGCCUGCGCGAUAUCAUAUUCCACAUCUUAUACCCCAGGUAUUCCAGGGAUCAAAGAAUCCUUUGAGAUCUCAUCGGACACCGUUGUGUUGCUCGGCUUAACUACCUAUAUGCUCGGUCUGGCAUUCGGAUGCCUUGUGUUCGCCUCGUUGUCGGAGCUGUACGGUCGUCGACCGGUGUACCUGAUCACCACCCUCGCCUUCGCCUGCUCGGUGAUACCCGUGGCCCUGGCUCGGAAUAUACAUACCAUUCUUGUCUGCAGAGCACUUGGAGGAUUCUUCGGUAGUGCGACUAUUGCGGGCGGUCCGGGUACAAUCAACGACGUGACCAGCAGAAGGUACCGGGCGCUGGCUUUCAGUCUUUGGAGUCUUGGGGCGAUGACUGGCCCGGUAGUUGGUCCCAUUUUCGGCGGAUUUAUCUACCAGUAUCUUGGCUGGCGCUGGAUCAACUGGAUCAUACUUUGCCGGGCAGGAGUAUCAGAUGUGGCUUUGUUCUUGUUCAAGGAGACAUAUGAGCCUGCGAUACUGCGGGCACGAACCAGAAAGCAACAGGAGCAGACUGGGGACUUGCGAUGGUGGUGUCGCUAUGAUAGCCCCAAAGUGGGAUGGGACCUUGUGCGAAGCCAUCUGGUAAGACCUAUCAUCAUGGCCGUGUGUGAGCCCAUCUGCUUAUUCUGGAACCUCUACGUCGGUGUCAUAUAUGCUACUCUAUUCCUGUGCUUCGUCGGCUACCCGAUUGCCGUCCAAGAGCACCGCGGCUGGCCACCCGGCAUCGCAGGACUAGGCUACUGUGGUAUUGGCACCGGCGUUGUCCUCGCCGUCCUCAGCGAGCCCAUCUUCAUCCGCCGCAUCAUCGCCAGUCACCCGCGGGACCCCUGCACAGGCCGAGUCACGUCCGAGGCCUCCAUCAUUGCCGUCUGCCUCGGGGCCAUUCUCAGCCCCAUGGGUGAAUUCUGGUUCUCGUGGACAGCGGUAGCAACAGGGACCACAACUCAGCCCAUCAGUGCGCCCGCAUACACGCACUGGAUCUAUCCGAUCCUGGCCGGCGUCCCCUUCGGCAUGGGCAACACCCUCAUCUUCAUCUACUCCGCCCAUUACCUGGCGGGGAGCUACCCCAUUUACGCCGCCUCGGCGGUGGCGGGCAACGCGAUGGUUCGGUACGUCUUUGCGGGUGCGCUUCCGUUGGCGGGCCACCGGCUGUAUUCGAGUUUGGGGAUCGCGUGGACGGGCACGGUACUGGGACUGGUGGAGGUGGCGCUGAUUCCGAUCCCGUUGGUGUUCUAUCGGUAUGGGUGGUGGGUUCGGCGGCGCAGUGGGCUGUCGCGGGAGUUGGCGGGAGUGUAA